CAAUCCGUAUCCGAAGAGAUGGUUUCUCCUGGAGACCCUCCUUUGAGGAAUUUGCUGAAAGAUACGGAAUUCUUCUAGUUAAACCUGAUGUUCCCCUCACAAAAGAAAGUUGCUUGGAGAUACUGCAAAGUACAGAGCUGAAAGGCUGGAUUUGUGGAAAGUCACGACUUUUCUUUAAAUAUUGGCAUCAGGAACAGCUGGCAAAGUAUGUGGAGCGACUGGCAAGAGCAGCAGUGAUCAUACAGAAGGUUUUCAGGGGAUUCAGAUGCAAGAAGAGUUUCCUAAAACUGUUGGCUGAGCUGAGAGCUCAAGCACAGCGGCUGCAGGAGGAGACAGAGAGAGAAAGAAUCCAGCAGCUGGCACUGGCAGCAGAGGCCCAGGAAAGACAUUCCCUUCCGGUCCCCAUGCCACGAAAGAGGCACCUUCAGUCUAGUCCUCAUCCUUCUGAUCAGCCACAGCAGCCACCAGUGCCACGGCCACGCAGCAAACUAACAGAGUCCACUCCUUUUGAUAACUUCUUGAACCCUUCUGUGCCUCGUCCUGUUCUGGGGGCUGAGGAACAGACUGGGGAAGAAGCGAAAAUGAGGAAACUCAAGAGAGGAGCAACUCUGCGCUGGUUCAAAGAGACACAGGCCCAGAAGGUCAUGCAGGAUGAUGGGGCCUUUCCAAGCUGGCUGCAUGGGAUGAUCAGUCGGAGGGAAGCUGAAAACUUGCUGAGUGACAAGCCUUUGGGUUGCUUCCUUGUUCGGAUCAGCCAGAGCCGACCAGGCUACAUCCUGUCAUACCGGGGCGAAGGCCGCUGCAGACACUACAUGGUCCAGAUGCAGCUGAAUGCCCGCUACGUCAUCCUGGGGGAGGACCGGGCCCACGCCUCGCUCACCGAGCUGGUGCGCUUUCACCAGACCGUGGGCAUCCAGCCCUUCAUGGAGAUACUGACUGUUCCCUGUGAGCAGAAAAGUAAUGAGAGCUUGGAUUAUGAAAAUCUGGAGGGUCUCACACUGAGUUCACAAGCAGACAAGGGGGAGACCCCUCCAGAGAAGCAGUCCAGCCCCUCCACGCCUUCCAGUGGCAAACCUGCUCUGCAGUGGUUCAGGAGGACCAAGAAUGUCCAAAUCCAGCAGACUGAAGACAAGAGUAGAACACAGCCUAGCUCUGGAGAGAGCAGCCAAAAAGCUUUCCCUCGCUUCCACUCUUCAGUACGCCUGGCAAUUCAGGAACUCCAGCAGUUCAUGUCCAUUCCUGAGAACAUGUCUAAACAGAGGAGCUCACUGCACUGAGGAUGUACAGCCUGAAUGAUGGGGUCCAAGUGGCUCUGGUUUAUCUUCUUCCAGUGCUGUUGGGCCUUCCCUAACAGUGAACACAUCCAGACAUACAGCAGCCUUUUUCUUUUUUAUUUUUUUUACUUUUUUUUUUUUACUUUUUUUUGCUGCACACAGCUGUCCCUGUGCUUUUAGACAGGGUUGAUGCAGAAGUUCAUUCUCGUCAGCACUGAGCCAUACUGUGACUGCAGUAUCUGGACCAGUCUGAUUCUGGGAGAGGGGAGAAGGUGGGAACAGUCACACUCUGCACACAUCCACAGUGCCUGACAGUCUGUGUGUCAGUGCUCCUGGAGACUCCUCACCUACCACUAUGAAUAGUCACAAAGUGGGUAUCUCCCAGCAACCUGUUCUGUCACAAAUAUCUGAUUACCUACCUCUUUCUCUUUAAAUGUUCUCUGUUUUGGUCCUGUGUAUCUGCUGCUCUGGGAACCAAGGGGAGUUGGGCUUGGGCAGUAAAAAGUAAAACUGAAGUGUCCUUUUUGUUGAGUGCAGGAGCACUUGAACAGAAGCUGAGACAUGGUCAAGAAGAUCUUUCUUGUAGAGGGGAUUCACUGCCUUUGCAUCAGUGUGCUGGCACACUGUUCCACGGUCCUUAACUCAGAGCUAAAGUCAGGGGAUCAUUAGCGAAACCCUCUCACUCAUCCUGGCUGAAAUCUCUACAAGUCCAGA